UGUGAGGUGGUAUGCAUGCGUGUAAUUUGAGCUUGAGUUAUGAGUUGAGUUGUCAAUGUUGACUCCACUCGUCCUCAUAUGUAAACUGUAAAGGCCUACCUAAGCUUAGAUGAUUCCACUUUAUGAAAUGUAUGAUUAAAAAUGGAAUUAAGUUCAAAUAGUUGAAGUGGUAUAAUCUUACUUGUGUGCAAUAGAAAUGGAAGGAGUGCUUUGGAAAUGGACUAAUUACUGGAACGGCUGGCAAACAAGGUGGUUCAUACUAGAGGAUGGAAUUUUGUCAUACUACUUGUCCCAAGAAGAGGUCAGCCAAGGUUGCAAAGGGUCUAUGAAAGUGUCAGCAUUAGAAAUAAUGGUGAACAGUGUUGAUCAGACUAGAAUGGACUUGGUGGUUCCUGGGGAGAAACACAUAUAUCUGCGAGCUGCUUCAUCUCAAGAGCGGCAACAGUGGCUGAUAGCUCUGGGCAGCUCCAAGGCCUGCCUUACCACCAAGCAUCGCAAAGAGUCAGUGGUGGACUCAACACCUGAUUCCCUAAAAACAAAGAAGUCUGAGCUAAGGUUGUACUGUGACUUGCUGAUGCAACAGGUGCAUAUGAUCAAGACUGCGGCUGCCAAUGAUCAAGAGCCAGAUAUACAGAAGCUCUCAGAAGGCAGCUGUUUACUUACAGCUACAUGUGAUACAUUCAUUAAAACACUAGAGGACUGCAUGCGACUGGUCCAAUCAGCCUCUAGUCCGCUUGAUUCCUCUGACAACAUCUCUUACUUCAGUAAACCUAAGAAAAACUUGAGGCAUUCAGUGCAUCAUGUCAAUGAUGACUUCAAAGCUGGCCGGCACAAACUCAAUAAAGGCUGAUCUUCUCCAACGAGAUUCUGUCUGGCUGAGCCCUUCCUCUACGUUAUUUCCCUGGGCUCUUUCUCAACAUAAGUAUUAUUAGUUUUAUUUAAUAUAACGAUAUGCAGGAUAUUAUAAUAUACUUAAAUAAGAAGUAAUAUUAUUUGUAAUUGUUAUUAUUAUUUUUUAAUAGUUUGAUGCUUUAAAUGUAUCAAGUUUUUAAGCAAGGAUAUAAAUCAAACCGAAAGAAUACCAGUACUUAAAAUAAUUUAUAUUGUUUUUAAGCUUAUGAUGCCUACUUUGUGGUAUUUUGUUCAAUAAUUUAAUUUUUAUUUGAAUUUUUACUUAAUUUAUAAAAGUUAUGUUUAUGUCUUAUUAUUACUCUGGAUACAAAUUUUAUAUCAGUAAUUUAACAGUAGUUGACCUCCAGUUAAUUGCAAUGCAAAAGGUUAGUAUAAGCAGAUUAUAUCAAAUAUUGUUGUCUUGAAAUGCCCAUGUUUUAAGGUAACUACCAUUUAAUCAUGUUGCACUUCGAACCAUUUUUUAAAGCAGGAGGUUUGUACUUACAGUAAGUUGCAAAACUGUAUUGAGGUAUAUUGAUGAAUAAUGGUGUUUGAGGACAAUCUGAUUUUGUUUCUUCUAUCUUAAGUAGAUAUAAUAAUAACCCUAAUACUUUUCUAAACAACCUUUAUUUUUUCAAUAUUUUUAGAAAUGUUGACCCCCCAAAGGAAUCUUAGGGGCAUAAUCUGAUUUUGAACAUCUGUAAGUAAAUAUCUGAUUUUGGAGUAAAGUAAAUAAUUUUGUAGUCAAAAACCAUCUGAAUCAUUACAUUUUAAUGUUUAUGGAUUCUUAUUUAUUUAGUGAAAUAGAUUUUGACAUUUAACGUUAUGGUACAGAAAACCCUGACUAACCAAAAUAAAGUGGGAAAAGCCAGUUUGGAUAGCCUAUUUUUUUGUGUGAAUCAUUGUUAGGAAUUUUAAGACUGAGUCUAUUCAAAGAGAUCUGCAACAGUGAUUUUUACGUGUAAUUUUAACUAGCUGUUACCCACGGGCUCCACCCCGUUUUACUACAUUAGUAUUAAUAAAACUAUUGAUUGGUUAAGUUAAGAUGAAAUAAACAAAACAGAAUACAGUAAUGGUAAUACAAACAAAUAAUAACAGCUGAGGUAUUUUUAAUAGGUAAAUGGAAAGUUCCCUUUGGAAAGCAAUUACGACCGUAUAGGGCAAUUUAUGAAAUAAUGGAUAAUUUUGCGCAAGGUUUCUCAUCAUGACGAACAUUUUAAGUAUAUGGUUUAUGGGAGUGUGACCUUGCAGUUUUCUCAAAAGUUCAUGGGUACUUUUGGCUUUAUAUAUAGAUUGUUGUCAUUUUAAAUUCUUUAACUGUAUGGAAAAAAAAAAUUAUUUAUUAAAAUAAUUGACAUUUGUUUUCUGAACUUAAGCUAAGUUUAACUGAACUUAACCGGUUUUCAGUUUAACAGGUUGCGGUUAAAACAGGGUUUUACUGUACUUGUUACCAAAAAAACUAGAACGAAUUAUAUUAAUUGUAAAUGUGAAUUUGAUGUUUUUCAUUUAUUUCAUGGGUUAGAAUAUAGCAUUAAUGUUAUUUAUUGUUUUAUACAGUACUAUCCUUUUUACUUUUGAAAUAAUUGAUGUUUUGUAUUUCUUUUUAAUAAUCUAACUAAUAAACAUAUGACUCCUGGUUUCAA